GGACGUGCAGCAGGUGAAGGGUCAGAGGUCAGCCACUCUGCAGGAAACAGACACACACGUGAUGAUGAAGAUGAUGAUGAUGAUGGACUAGGAGCCCGCCGCUCUGACCUGCACUUCCUGUCCUGCACCCUCCCCUCUCUCUCCCCCCCCCCCACCCCCCUCCCCGCCGCCCCACGCCCCCCUCCACAAGCAUGACGGUGGUGUCCACGGACAACGUGGACGAGAGCGCCACUCUGCCGGGUCACCCUCAGGACGACGAGUGCGACGUGCACGAGUGCUGCGAGCGCGUGGUCAUCAACGUGUCGGGUCUUCGCUUCGAGACGCAACUCAAGACCUUGGCGCAUUUCCCGGACACGCUCCUGGGGAACCCUAAAAAGAGGAUGCGCUACUUCGACCCGCUGCGGAACGAGUACUUCUUCAACCGCAACCGACCCAGCUUUGACGCCAUCUUGUACUACUACCAGUCCGGGGGUCGGCUGAGGCGGCCCGUCAACGUCCCGCUGGACAUGUUUUCCGAGGAGAUCAAGUUCUACGAGCUCGGGGCCGAGGCCAUGGAGAAGUUCCGCGAGGACGAGGGUUUCAUCCGCGAGGAGGAGCGCCCGCUGCCCGAUAAAGAAUUCCAGCGGCAGGUGUGGCUCCUCUUCGAGCACCCGGAGAGUUCUGGCCCGGCGCGGGGCAUCGCCAUCGUGUCGGUGAUGGUCAUCCUCAUCUCCAUCGUCAUCUUCUGCUUGGAGACGCUGCCCGAGCUCAAGGAGGACGCGGGCGAGCGGCGGCGGGCGGCGGGAAACUCAACCCGUAGCCACAGAAGCUACGUGCUAACGGACCCGUUCUUCAUGGUGGAGACGCUCUGCAUCAUCUGGUUCUCCUUCGAGCUCCUCGUGCGCUUCUUCGCCUGCCCCAGCAAGAUGGCCUUUUUCCGGAACAUGAUGAACUCCAUCGACGUGGUGGCCAUCAUCCCGUACUUCAUCACGCUCGGAACCGAGCUGGCCGACGACCCGGACGACAAGGAGGGGAAAGGGGGCGGCGGCGGUGGUGGUGGCGGAGGCGGCGAGCAGGCCACGUCGCUCGCCAUCCUGCGCGUUAUCCGCCUGGUGCGCGUCUUCCGCAUCUUCAAGCUGUCCCGCCACUCCAAGGGUCUGCAGAUCCUGGGUCAGACCCUCAAGGCCAGCAUGCGCGAACUGGGCCUGCUCAUCUUCUUCCUCUUCAUCGGCGUCAUCCUUUUCUCCAGCGCCGUCUACUUCGCCGAGGCCGAGGAGCCCGAGUCGCACUUCUCCAGCAUCCCGGACGCUUUCUGGUGGGCUGUGGUCUCCAUGACGACGGUGGGCUACGGCGACAUGUACCCGGUGACCAUCGGCGGCAAGAUCGUGGGCUCGCUGUGCGCCAUCGCCGGCGUGCUGACCAUUGCUCUGCCCGUGCCCGUCAUCGUGUCCAACUUCAACUACUUCUACCACCGCGAGACUGACGGCGAGGAGCAGGCCCAGCUGCUCCACGUCAGCCAACAGAACCUGGCGCCGGACGACGGCUCCUCGCUGCUCAGCAAGUCCGAGUACGUGGACAACAGCAUCGACAACCUGCGCGAGGCUAACCUUCGCGGCGCCAACUGCACGCCGCCAACCCGGAACUGUGUGGACGGUGCCAAGCUGCUGACGGACGUGUGAGGCUGUUGUCACGGUAACAGCACCUUUGAUUGAGGACGCUAGCAUCAAAGUGUUAGCCUCAUUAGCAUGUCGCUGAUUGCUUGUUUAGUCCUACUUUUAGACUUCCUUAAAUAAAAACUCUCUGUGAACAUUUGGAGGAGGCGGGGUAAGUGCUUGUCGUCAUGGCAACGCACGUGUAGACCCCUCUUCUUCAGCAUGCGGCCUCAUCUUCAUCGCUGUCUGCGUGCGCGCGUGUCAGAGGUUGCCUCAGGAUGGCGGCUUUUGUCCUUCUCUGACGUUUAGUGCCUUCAAGUCGUCUCACCAAGUGCCUUCGCGCCGCUCGCAGACGUACACGGACGCGCUGACACCGCCCAGGUGCCUGCAUCAUGUGACAGCCUCAUCGUCUUUCUUCUCAUGGUGAUGUCGUCUUUUCACGUAAACAGGAAGUGAUGAAACGCGUUGACCUCCAGGGCCGCGGCGCCUUACACGCAGAACAUGCGCGUGCGUGGGUUUUGCGCAAGGGGGCCACGUUCGCAAAGUGGCCGCAUAGAGCGCCAAGUCGCCCCGAGGCAUUGACAGCACGCAGCCUCUGACCAAUUAGCGGCCGGCGGUAGAAGGCAGGCAGAGAAAUGGCCUCCAAAAGGUGAUAUGAAAGAGCAUUGUUCCAUUGUUGAAAGACACUGUUCAUUUCAUUUCGUCCUAAUAA